ACCAGAAAGAUUUCACAACUCUAAAUCAUGUUGGGAAAAAAGCUGGUGACUGCACAGAAGCGAGGCGAGACAAGAGCCCUGUGCCUGGGACUGGGAAUGGUCGCGUGCUCCAUGAUGAUGUACUUCUUCAUCGGGAUCACCAUUGUGCCAUUCUACACUAGAAGUGUUUGGACAGCAGAAACUGUGUGCAAAGUACUCAAAGCCAACAUCAAGGACAAAAGUCUCUGCCCAAACAGCGAAGGCUCAGAGGACGAAGAUACCUUUCCUUAUCCCUGUCUACAGGUGUGGGUUAAUCUGACAGCCUCGGGACAAGAGGUUAUGCUGUAUCAGACUGAAGAUACACUGGAAAGAAAUCCUAAGUGCUCAUAUGUCCCAGGCAAGUCGGAGAACUCUAAAGAAGUUAAAGCACGAAUAGAAACAAUUGCAAGCAAUUUCAAAAAAUACCAGACUUUCCCAUGCUACUAUGACCCAGGAGGAACGCAGACCAAUGUCAUUUUAAGCAGACUUUAUGCCCCGAAAGGCCUCCUCUUUGCUUUCCUUUGGCCUACACUCCUGUUUACUGGUGGAUGUCUGAUUAUUGUUCUGGUAAAGAUCAGUCAGUAUGUUUCCGUUCUUUCUGCUUGGCAGUAGAAAAUAAAUAUCUAGCUUAGACUGCUGCAAGAUAUUGGAGUGCCUUUGUUCUUGCCUGUCUU